CUCGUGCACAUGUGUAAACAAGGCAACUUCUAGAAUAACUCACGUUUUACAGCUCAUGUGCCGGUGACAGUAGACUAUUUUCACAGUUUUUAUAAGAUUUGAAAACCACAAAACAGCGUUUCGACGUAUUUGGGUGUAAAAUGGCGUCAACUGCGGCGCAGAGCGACAGCGACGACGGUAUGGACGAGUUCAUGGACAGAUUUAAGAGCCAGAGGUAUAAACAAGGCUUCACUGAAAACAACUGGGAAGAGGAGUUCAACAAAAUCCCCAUGUUCAUGAAAACAGCCCCCGAGGAGAUUGACCCACAAAAAUUCCCAGAACUAGCUUGUCUGCAGUCCAUUAUCCACGAUGAAGACCGACCUCCAGAGGAGCAAGCAAAGUGGCUGAAAGAUGAGGGUAAUGCAUAUUUCAAAGAGAAGAACUACCAAAAGGCCGUGGUGUCCUACACAGCAGGUUUGACCAAGAAAUGUGGGGACCAGGAGCUCAACACUGUUCUCCUCACCAACCGAGCAGCCGCACACUUCUAUCUGGGUAACAUGCGCUCUGCCCUGAAUGAUGCUGCAGCUGCAAAGAAGAUCAAACCAGACCACCUCAAAGCCUUGAUCAGAGGUGCUCAGUGUUGUAUAGAGCUACGUAACUUUCCAGAGGCCGUCCAGUGGUGUGACGAGGGGCUCAAUGUCCAUCCUACUGAGAAGAAGUUGUUGGAGCUGAGAGCAACGGCAGAUAAACACAAAAGAGCAGCGGAGAGAGAUGCCAGGAAGGCCAAGGCCAAAGAAAAGAAG